UCUUCACUUGUACAAUGAAGCAGAAAUCACAUAACAUGAAAGUGAAUGUUUCAUAACUGAUGUUCUCGUAUCUCUGUUGGCAUUAUGCAGUAGUAGUUUUUUUUUCAAUUUGUCCUACUUAGAGUGAGAAUAUCACAGUCAAGUGACAACCCUGGAAAUCAGCUAUGUGUCUAUGGCAACCAUGGGUAUCCACUGUUAUUUUGAAAUGCCAUUGAAUAAUUGAUUUGCCGACUGUGACACUGACUCUGUUGUGCUUGUGAUUUGCGGAGGAGUGUGUUAAAAAGAGAAUUUUGCCCUAUAGAUGUUUAUAUAUGUGUGCUGCACACUUUUACAUAGUUACACACCAGUUAUACACAAACACACACACAGAGUGCAGGUAUGCUUUAUAUGGUGACCGUGUCCUUGCUUUGUCACUGUAAUCUUAUUUUCUUCCAACCAGGGGACCUGUUGCUAUGUGAUGCGCUCCACUGUAGCCCUCACACUGUCAGAUUACACGCAUACAGUGUGGUAACUGGAUGAUUUUCAUCCAUCAUGCCUUUCAAGUCCAAUUCUGCUCUAUCACGUUUCAAUAUUCAUUCACUUAUUGAUCCAAAUUUGCAUUAAUCAAUCUUCAAAUGUCCUUCUUAGUGACUAAUGAGUUGAAUUUGUGUGUUUGUUUGUGUGUGUGAGAGAGGGUUGGACUGGCAUCAAAUGAGAAAAAAUGAUCUGAUCCAUUGGCUGCUUGUUGAUUUUAAUAGAAAUGUGACCCCAGAUCAUUCUAGCAUUUCUUAAACGACAACUUUGCAUGUGUCGGAGUCUCUAUGCAUUGUUGAUGUCUGUGUGAGUGAUCAAGGAAAUCCUUAACAUUGUGUGUGCAAGGAUCUAUUUAUACGCUGAGGGCUGAGAUCAUUUCACAAGGUGGGUACAUUGCAUACCAGUUUUCCAUUAUGUGGGAAACAGAAACAUUACAACUCAUGCUCUAAGCUCAGGUACUGUGUUAUGGAAUUGCCAUGUAACUUUCCUGAUUUAGCUGAUAUGUACCACUUUGUUGGCUGUUUGAUUGAAUAUGUGUCUUCAUGAUCUCAAGACAGCUGCUGGAAUGCAUCAUUAGGUUUCGUCUCUGUGAGGUUACACAGUGUGAAGAGGAAGGGCAGGUACAGUCUGGCCAUCAUGUCCCCUGAAGCACCCACCUUUUUGGACUGUGCCCUUCAUAAAAUCCAGCUCUUGAUUUUGGGCAAGUCCUUCAUUCAUGGGACAUCAUCACACAUGGUUACUCUACUGACAGCAUAAUGUCAACAUAUCCCAAACCAGCUUGGUUUUCCUCAUAACUAAAAUAUACCUGGUCAUACAUAUGCUGCAAGUAGUCUUUUUGCUUUUGGCAUUUUCAGGACCGGAUUAACCUACUAGUGGGUCCUGGGGCAAAAAAUGAUCUGUGGGCCCCUGUUGAGUCCCUCAUGUUGUUCAACUUAGUUUGAUUAAAAGUUGAUUAAAUGCUCAUUUAUUUAAGAAUAUACAACAGGCAAGAAUAAUAUCAACUGGGAUAUCAAAGGUAUUAAAACUAGAUUAUUUUGACACAUUGUCCCUUUACAAGACCUCAAAAUGCAAUAGUUGCCUCAAGGCCCUUGAUCAGUUAACCAAAUCACCAACAGCUAAUUGCCACAAGGUCAACCUAGGAUCUUUGGGGCCCCUGCAGAUCUGGGACCCUGUGGCAGUUGGCUGUUUUGCCUGGUUAGUAAUUCAGUUUGGGGGAUUUUUACUCUAAUUAGUUUUGGAAACCUAAAAAGUGGGAUAAAGGUUUACUACCUCAACACACAUUAUUUCCACACACACACACAUUUGUGACAUUGUGUGUGUGUGUGUAUGUGAGAGAAAGUCUGUUUAUGUAUGCAUGUGCACUGGUAAUUUUGGCCCAUUUGUCUGUGUCAAAACUAGCUCAGCAAAGUGAAACAGAGAGGGAGAGCUCGGGGUUAGUAAGGCUAUCACUGUAUCAGCUAAAGCUGCAUGUGUGUGAGAAAGAAAGUGUGUGAAUGUGUGCAGUUGUGUGUGUGUGUGUGUGUGUGUGUGCCUAUGCUCUUUUAAUGGUCCACUAAUCCCAAAUGCAUUUGGCUGGCAAAUGAAUCCAAGCCUUGUCAUAGCCAAGCUCUAAAACCCCCUUCCAUCCCAUAACCCCCUCUCCCUCUAGCUCUCAUUCUUCCUUUCUACCAGUAUCUAUCUCCAGAUGGUAUCUUGGAGGUAGGUGUGAUAUCGAGAGAGAGAGAGAGAGAGAGAGAGAGAGAGGUGGAUGACCUGUGAUGCGAACAGAGCCUCCUCAUUGGAGCGCGUGGCGCGGCGGAGAGAGAGGACAGGGGGUUUAUUUGUUGCCAUAGUGAAAAAGUAGAUUACCCACCGCCAGCAUGAUGCUCUGAUGGACGCUGAGGGAUGCUGUGUUUCUCCAGGAGCAUUCACCUGUCCUGCAAGCAAAGGUUGCACUGCUGCACCUGUCUCAGCUGUUGCAGUGAUGGUCCCAUCUUGAAAUCCGAAGGAAAAAAAGACCAGUCAGAAGAAAGGAAUAAAUUGAAAUCUUCCAUUUUCAAAAACUCCUCUGUGCUACAAGCUCUUGCCAUGGCCAGGAAAAGUGUUUCUUGGACAAGUAGGUUCCUGUGACGGCUCUACACAACACAUUUGAGAUCUGCUUCUCCUUUGUUACCUUAACGGACCAAGAUGAUUCUUUGGCUGCUGCUAAUUCUUUCCAUUUGGGUGACGUCUGAUCAAGCUGACUCUGCUCAGUCCAACGAACGGCGAGUUGUAGCACACAUACCUGGUGACAUCAUCAUUGGAGCGUUGUUCUCCGUCCAUCAUCAGCCUCCUGCUGACAAGGUACAUGAGCGCAAGUGUGGCGCGGUGCGAGAGCAGUAUGGCAUCCAGAGGGUGGAAGCCAUGAUGUACACACUGGACCGCAUCAACGCUGACCCGCACAUCCUUCCCAACAUCAGCCUGGGCUGUGAGAUCCGGGACUCCUGUUGGCACUCAUCUGUGGCUCUGGAGCAGAGCAUCGAGUUCAUACGGGAUUCGCUGGUCUCCUCUGAUGAGACUGAGGAGUGGGGUGGAGGAGGUUCCUGGGGAGGGGGAGGGGGAGGAGGUGGAGGUGGAGGUGCGACAAUGAAGUGUGCAGACCCCUCUGCCACCCCAAUGCGGGGGAAGAAACCCAUUGUGGGUUUAAUUGGACCGGGGUCAAGCUCAGUGGCCAUCCAGGUCCAGAACCUUCUACAGCUGUUCAACAUACCACAGAUUGCCUACUCUGCCACCAGUAUGGACCUCAGCGAUAAGAGCCUUUAUAAGUACUUUAUGCGGGUGGUGCCUUCAGAUGCCCAGCAGGCAAGAGCGAUGGUGGACAUUGUCAAGAGAUACAACUGGAGCUACGUGUCUGCUAUACACACUGAAGGCAACUACGGUGAAAGUGGGAUGGAAGCAUUCAAGGACAUGGCAGCCAAGGAGGGCAUCUGUAUCGCCCACUCUGGCAAAAUCUGGAGCAAUGCUGGAGAGCAGAGCUUUGACCGGCUGCUGGAGAGACUGAGGGCCCACCUGCCCAAGGCCAGGGUGGUGGCAUGUUUCUGUGAAGGCAUGACUGUCCGCAACAUCCUCAUGGCCAUGAGACGCCAGGGACUGGUAGGAGAGUUCCUACUCAUCGGCAGUGAUGGAUGGGCGGACCGGUAUGAUGUAACAGAUGGCUUUGUUAGGGAAGCGGCCGGAGGUAUUACCAUCAAGCUCCAAUCAGCUGAUGUUAAGUGGUUUGAUGAGUACUACCUUAAACUUCGGCCUGAAAACAACCUCAGGAACCCCUGGUUUCCCGAGUUCUGGCAGCAUCGUUUCCACUGUCGACUUAAAGGCCACCCACAGGAGAACAGCAAAUACAACCGCACUUGUAGCAAGCGAGAGUCGCUUCGGCAGCAGUAUGCACAGGACACUAAGAUGGGGUUUGUCAUUAAUGCCAUCUACUCGAUGGCAUAUGGCCUGCAUAACAUGCAACGGGCUCUCUGCCCAGGCUAUCAGGGCCUGUGUGAUGCCAUGCGACCUAUAGAUGGUGCUACACUGCUGGACUUCCUGAUGAAAACCAACUUUACAGGCGUGUCAGGGGAGGGAAUCUUAUUUGAUGCUAAUGGAGACUCACCUGGCAGGUAUGAAAUAAUGAACUUCAAAAAGAUGGGGAAGGACUACUAUGACUACAUUAAUGUUGGGAGUUGGGACAACAGAGGCUUGAAGAUAGAUGAUGAUGAAAUCUGGCCCAACAAAGACGCCAUGAUCAAGUCAGUCUGCAGUGAACCCUGUGACAAAGGACAGAUUAAGGUGAUCCGUAAAGGUGAGGUGAGCUGCUGCUGGACGUGCACUCCCUGUAAAGAAAAUGAGUUUGUGUUCGACGAGUACACCUGCCGAGCCUGUGAACUGGGCUCCUGGCCUACUGAUGACCUCACAGGCUGUGACGCAAUCCCAGUGGAGUACCUGCGGUGGGGAGACCCUGAACCCAUUGCUGCUGUGGUCUUUGCCUGCCUCGGUCAAAUGGCCACAUUCUUUGUCACCGCAGUCUUCAUCAGGUUUCGGGACACCCCAGUAGUGAAAUCUUCCAGUCGGGAGCUGUGCUACAUAAUUCUGGCAGGGAUCUGCCUGGGUUACCUGUGUACCUUCAGCCUCAUAGCCAAGCCCCAUGUCAUCCACUGCUACCUCCAACGACUGGGAAUAGGCCUGUCACCUGCCAUGAGCUACUCUGCUCUUGUCACCAAGACAAACCGCAUCGCUCGGAUCCUGGCAGGCAGCAAGAAAAAGAUCUGUACAAAGAAACCUCGCUUCAUGUCUGCCUGCGCUCAGCUCAUCAUUGCCUUCCUCCUCAUUCUGCUGCAGCUGGGCAUCAUCGUGGCUCUCUUCCUCAUGGAGCCACCUGAGGUGAUCCAUGACUACCCCAGCAUCCGCCAGGUCAACCUCAUUUGCAACACCACUAACCUGGCUGUGGUUGCCCCGCUGGGAUACAAUGGCCUGCUCAUCCUUAGCUGCACCUUCUAUGCCUUCAAGGCAGAAUCCACAGAACGAUUCAACAACAAUAAAGAAAUGAAUAUUUGCUUACACUUUCUCUCUGACUCUAUCUCUCUCUCCAAGACCCGCAACGUCCCAGCUAAUUUCAAUGAGGCUAAGUACAUUGCCUUUACCAUGUACACCACCUGUAUUAUCUGGCUGGCCUUUGUACCCAUCUACUUUGGUUCCAACUACAAAAUUAUCACCAUGUGCUUCAGUGUCAGCCUCAGUGCCACUGUGGCUCUGUGCUGCAUGUUCGUACCCAAGGUGUACAUCAUUCUAGCCAAACCAGAGCGUAACGUGCGCAGUGCCUUUACCACUAGCACAGUGGUGCGCAUGCACGUGGGCGAUGGCAAAUCGUCCUCAGCCGCCAGCCGUUCUUCUAGUCUGGUUAACCUGUGGAAACGCAGAGGCUCUACUGGAGAGACACUCAGCUCCAAUGGAAAAUCAGUGUCUUGGGCCCAGACGGAGCGCAGCGGUUCACGUGGCAACCACCUGUGGCAGCGGCUGUCCUUCCACAUCAAGAAGAAGGAGAACAAUCAGACUGCCGUCAUCAAGCCCUUCUCCAAAACGUCUGAGGAACGUUACUGUGGAGGGGGGGACCUGCCCCCGCAUGUCCCUCUGCCCUCCCUCCCCUCCAUGUCCUCCCUGCCCAGUCAUCCUGACUCUGUCACAGAUAAGACCCUGUACGAGCUCUCUGAAGCAGAGGAGCGCUACUCCAUCACAUACCGGCCGCAGACGCCCUCACCAAUCAGCACGGUCAGCCAGAGGCUAGGGGCGGGUUUUGGGGAGGAGCCUCAGAUGACUGGUAUUCCACAGUACCCGAGCAGCAUUUGCAGCGGCGGCAGCAGUAGCAGUUGUGGCCCUUCCAGCAGCGGCUCUGUCGUCGCUGGGAGUGACGGCCGUUUGAUUGCUGUGGACGACCGUCCAGGAGAGCCCCAGAGUUCACUGAUGGAUCAGAUCAGCUGUGUGGUGAAUCGCUUCACCGCCAACAUCACCGAGCUCAACAGCAUGAUGUUGUCACCCUCUCCGACGCACUCACACACGCACAAACACACGCCUCCUUCUCCUCACCCCACCGACCCGUAUUUGUUACCCCGUGAAAUCCAGAUGCCCCCAACCCUCACCACCUACGCCGACGUCCAGCCCCUCCCACCAGUCGAGUCCAGCCGGGGGGGCUGUCUCGCACACCCUAUUCCUCAUUCACCUUACCCCCUGCCCCCUCCUCACCCCCAGACCUCCCCCUCCCUCUCCCCCAUACGAGGAGGCCUGAUCACCUGCCUCACUGACUCACCUCUGAGGAGGGCGGAGUUGGAAGAGGAGCUUAUUGCUUUGACUCCGCCGUCACCUUUCCGCGAUUCCCUGGCAUCUAGUAGUGGCUCACCUAUCUCAGAGACAAGUCUGUGUCUCCCCCCAGUCCCCUCCCAUCCUCCCCCCUCUCCCCCUUCGCCCAGGUACAGCAGACUGACACUCAGAAACUACAGCCAGAGUUCAUCCUCACUGUGAGGCAGAGAUGACAAGUAAAGAAAAAGUGAAGAGAUAGUGAAGAGCACUCAAAAACAACGGUUAACAUGUGAAAAGAGUAUGGGAGGAUGGAAAUACUGAAAUCCAUUCGUCCCUACGUGGAGUAAAAACCUGAAGUAAAGGAGUCGUGGAGGACUGUUUGGUGAAGACACCAAGCUGCGACAGACGGCUGUGUUUGUGUUUACAUGUUUGCAGUGAGAUGCAAGUAUAACAAGCUUGCCCACGUUGUAUUUUCUUAGUGCUGUUUGUCUCAAGUGGGACGUUAAGAACUGCAAAAAUGGCCACUAUAACGCAAGUGGUGCAGUGUUUUGGUGUCUGUAAAGCCAGAAAUCAUUCUCGAAGGUCCAGAGCUAUGUGCAUUUAGGUUUGGGUAGUGGCCUUAAGGUAACAUGGCUAUCAACUAAUUAGAGAUUGUGAAUGUGUGUGUUUGUGUGCAUGAGUAUGUUUUUUCUGUAUCUUAGUUAAUGAGCGGUAAUGGCAACAUGACAGCAGUAUUGAUGUGGUAGGACUCCUAAAGCCUGUACGGACUAAACACUAAACAGAGGAUAUCAAGGGCAUAUUUAUAUAUAAUAUGGUGUGUGUGUAUGUAUAGUACACACACACACAGUUACACACACAAACACAUAGUUGUGAGCACACAGACAAAUACAAUGUAAGGGAAAAACACUGUAAAUAUAUGAGAGGUUAUGGAUUUCUUUUUUCUUUGGUAAUCAAAUCCAACAUGCUUCUGACAAAUGUGCAUUGUGUUAACACACCAGUCUGUAUGUUACUCUGAAGAACUUUAACACAAAAGCAUCUUUUUAUUCAUUCAGCUCUCUGAUCUGUUCCCUCCGCAUAGCUUUCUUUUCCUCAGUCCCUCUUUCUCUUGAUGCUUUCUUUUAUCCUGCCAGUAUUUCAGUAUUUUCUACUCUUCCAGUUUGUUUUCUUCAGAAGUUUGAAUGUAUAUUUUCUACACGAUUCCUGAAGUAGUUGGGACCAAACCUUUUGUACCUCUCUGUCUGUGACUUGAGAAAGAGGGAGAGGAGGGAUUGACAAGACCAGGCCUUGUUUUACCAUAAAUAUCUUAGUCAUUAAAUGUUGUUCAGGUGGAUUAUUGGCAGAAAUCCGACCUCAAAGCUAUUUCUAGUGUGUGAUAUUUAACAGAGCAUUGUGUAAGGCUUAACUGGAUCCCAGUCAUGACAUUUUCUCUAUACAAUGUGUCAGCCGGACACAAGUCUCUCACUCUGUUUCAUCCAAGACAGUGCUUUGAAUGGGAUUAAUUAGAAUCACAAUCAUCUCUUGGUUCGUGGGCACAGAUUGAUAGAUUCAAGCUGGGAGAGAGCCUCCUCCUCCUCAGCUUCUGCCAGGGUCAUCUGUUGCACAGGUGCUAAGACCUUUUUGAACUUCUCCACUCUGUUUUGCCAAAGAGGGGCAGAACAACAAAAGAGGUUCAUAUUGAAUGGACGGACAUAAGAGUGGUCUCAAUCUUCUAAUCUAAAGCAAGUGAAUCAGUAAAUUGCUAAAAUGUCAAUCUAUUGCUUUAAAGUGAGGUCUCAUGAAACUAAUCCCAAAUGUCAUGACAAAUGUUGCGAGUGAACGUAAUCCAGGUGGUAAUUACAUUUUCUCUAAAAGGUAUUUGGCAAUAGUAGUAUAUCAUUGCUUUUUGUAGAUUAUAAAGGUCAAAUUACAAUAUGUUCAUGUAUCUUAAUAUUCCAAUCACAAAUGUCUGUGUAGAUGCGUAAACAGAACAAAAAAAACCCUAAAAUAUCUAAUUUGGCCUAAAAACGUAUGCCGUUAAAUAUAAUAUUGUACUUAUAGUGUGCCAACACUGUAAGUACCCAUGCAUACUCACAGAAUUAGUGAGUUCCCAGAGUAAUACUGAGAUAUAAAAUGUGCCGAUGAAUGCAUUCACUGAGAUGCUUUUGAGAAAUGGGGCCUUGGCUUUGUGUCAGCUGUUAGGAAAACAGUCAGUAAAGUAAAGAGAAAAAAAAACAAGAGUCAGAAGGUUGUGAUACACAAACAUUUUUAGACAUUUUUAAAUGAGGAAUGUUAUCUGCAGCAAAGACAUGGAUUGGUUUAUCUGACUUAAUUAAAGAUAAUUGGGCUGUUGGUAUCACAACAAAUAUCAGUACUUCAAAAUGUUGUUGUUGUGCAUUAGUGUCCAUCACGAUCUCCAUAUUUUCCGCAGCAUAUGCAUUCGUCUGCUGUGACAGCUGACUGAUGCAGAUGCGGUCCAUGGUCUGAUUUCUCCUCGUGAGUGUAGUAUUUCUGCUCUACAGUAGCCAGCAAGAACAAACUCAGACAGUGAUUCUGUAAAUAAUAAGGGCAUGCAAAGACCGUUCUGUUUUGUUUCAAAAAGAAAGUAAAUUUAAUUACAUAUCAACAAAGGUGAAAAACAGAAAAAAAGAGAUGUUUUUGAACUAUGUUAUAACAUCAUACAGUACCAAUAUGUAUUACGACUACAGAAACUGUGUUACUACUCUGAAUGUGUGAGUGACCAUUCCUAUUCAAAUGUCUUGUAAUUCAACAAUAUAAUAAUAAUUGAUAUGAAUAUGAUUAUUGUGCCAAAGGGGUUAGGGAGGGUCUAGCUUACUAGCUCGUGGGUAAAUAAGUGGUUUCAUAAAAAAAUGUAAAUGUAAGACAGUUUCUAUUGUUUUGGAUAUUUUCUAUAUAAAUAUUCCACAUUUUCCAGUGUAAAAGCAAUAUUAUCCAUACAUAUACAAGGUGCACAUCUGGGGGUUUUCUUAAAUCAUAAACAAUGUUUUAAAUUGCUGUUCUUUUUCAUACUUCUGUAAUCUCUGGUGGAGAAUUCAACAAGGAAGAUGGUGGGUAGACAAGUUUCUUUGCAUUUUCUUCUUUAUGUAAAGAGAGGGAUGCACUUAGUAAUUUCUUGUCACAAUGAAGGUGUGAUUCCUUAUUUUUGCAGUGUUAUCUUCUCACUUGUUUCACUGUUUUCCACUGUGUAUUUCUGGUUCAGUCUCUGAUCUCCACUGAUGACAUAGCUGCAGUGUGAGGUAGCUAAGGAAAUGAUUUGUGUGUGCCAUUAAUUGUUUUUUUGCUGUUUUUUCAAGAAGCGUGCCAGUUAAUUAAGAUACAAACCUGGUCUGGUGUAGCUACAGUAUGUCUCUACAACUCAGAGCAAGACAAUACACUUCUUCUUAGGUCUUAAGUGGGUACACACAAUCAACAUCUGAGAUAAUUGUACAAAGACUUUUGCUUAUGAUAGGGAUAGAAAUUGACACAGAAAAAAAAGCAUGAAACAAGAACUGUUGUCAUAAAUGUUGACAUAAUUGGUUCCUGUCUCAAAGUGCUGUCUGUGCAUUAUUACCUCUACAUCUACUCAUCUAAUUUUAACAAUCUGGGCCCUGAACCAGUGCCACUGUUGAGAUGUUACUGGGGAGGAGCUGGUUUAUGUGCUGCUGUCACUGACAGUGUUUAAAACAUGCUGAGAGAGUAACAGGGAGCUUGCUUCAGCACUUCAGCUGCGUUGUGGGUGAGGCUCGACAGUUGUGUGCUACCUCUGCAGAAAAAGACAGGAUCAGCGCUUGCAUCUACUGCUAUCUUAUUCUCUUUAAGGGUUGUGUUCUGUGACAUCAUCUUAUGUUAAAAUGAAGGAGUCAUUAAAAAGGAUGUUGGUUGUUAAAAGUGCAGCAGGCUUGUUAUGAAAUUGCAGGAAAAGUUAAAUUAGCAGAGAAUCAUGUCCUCAUAUAUUUGGCAUAAAAAAAUACAACAUAAACUCACUGAGCCACAGGGAGAUACAAAUUGUAGCAUCUAUUGUAGCAUUUUGACAAAAUAAGAUUUCAGAUUGUAUUGUAUUUGGAUCCAAUCUCUUUAGUUGUCAGGGAAUUUUUACACCAGUUGAAUUUGGGACUUUCUAACAUUGUCCAUGACAAAAGUGUAGUAAUCUCCCUUGUAUGGAAAUGAAAGAAGUCGAGCUACAGUAGUCAUGCAGACAGGACAUUUUGUUGACAAACUGAGCUUUCUGCACUAAUACCAUUGCUCCACAUUCUAGCCCUGCUUCAAGGAUCACAAAAAGCUACCACUCUUAUUAAUCUGGGGUGAUCUCAGUUAUAGAUAUUUUCCCCUUGUAUUUUAGCCAAAACAGGAGUAAAAUCUUAUGCUCGCCAGUAAGAGGAUCUCCUGAUGAUGUCUACCCAAAAUACUGUUGGCUGACUUAUUUUUGUAAAUGCACUCUAAAGAAUUGGAUUGAUAAUCCCUGCGCUCAAAAAUACUUUUAAUCCAGACAUGCUCAUCUGCUGAUCAGAAGGAAAGAAGACACAAGGUCAUUUAUUUUAUACCUAUUUGAAUGAAAAUUUCAAACCAGCCCACCGGUUGUCUUGUCUCUCGAUCCUUAAACCCUGGCUCAGAGCCAAAUACACGUAAUCAUGGGGCUGUUUCCCUCUAGUGUUAUUUAUAACUGCAUUUUAAACAAGCCUGGGUUUCAGGGUGCAAUAUCAUUUAGUUUUGGAUUGCAGAAAUCAGCAUCUGUAGGCAGAUUGGUGAUGUACUAAUGUAGGAGUAGAAGGACCUAGGAGUAUCACAAAAACCUUUUAAUUUAGGGCUUUAUCAAUCUGACUGGUAGUGCUGUGUGACGGAACAACCUCUCCCACUGCCCUGCCUGAUCAUUUGUUUGAUUUGAUACAGAAAACAGAACUAUGUUUACUGUGUAAACACCGCAUAGACAUAUGGUUGUAUAUGCCGUCAUGGCAGGCGGGGAGAAGUUUGUUUUGUCAGCCCACUGUCACAGACUCUCACAUAAUUAUUAUUAUUACUGUAAAUAAUGUGUCAUGAUGAACACGUUUUGUGAGUGCAAUUUGGUAGAUAUCACAAAUAGUUUCUUACCUUUUUAACAGUGUUAUUGAAAUGAGUAAAUCACAAGAUGUUUAUGUGAGGUAACAACAAAAGUGUUGAGUAUUGCGUAGGGCUGGGUAUUGGAAUUCUUGUAAAUGUUGAGGCUGAGAUCAACCCGCCCCACUUCCCUCUCUCUGCCAAGCAGGAAAUCCCUUCACAUUGAUGUUAAUUCUGUUCUUUUUUUAUUUCUUUUUCUUGCGCACUAAUCAAAAGAAACCGAUAGGGAUGAGUAUCGUUAGGAUUUUAUCCAUACUGCUUAAGAGUAAAUGCAAUUUUGUUAAAAAUGGGUUAUUUAAGAGUUGAUUUUUUUUUUCUCCACCAAAGCAAUAAAGCUGGAAAAAUCCAAAAGAAGUAUCGUUAGAAACCAGUAUUGACAAUUGUGGAAGGAUACCCAGCCCUACUGUUGAGAAUGGCACAGUCUUUAUCAGACUGAAACUAUUUACUAAUCAAAUGAUACACUUCAUGUGCAGACAGAGGGAAAAUGCACUCUUUAGACAGUACCUGCAAUUUUAGCAUAAACUAGGCAUUUAGACUCUGUACAGAGCAUUGUAAGAUGUUUGCAUAUCUGUGAAUCUGUAUUGAAUUCCUGGGGGAUUGGAUGAAUCCACAUUAACUGCAGCCGGUUUAAUGAAACCCAUGGCCCGGGGAGGGGGGGGGGGGGCAACUACAUGUCUUAAAAGUCAACAACAGUAUUUUUGUAAGUUUGUCUAAAGCUGCUGAUUUGAAUGUUGCUUUUUAAACCUUAGUAAAGAGCAUGUGUUUUUUAAUAUGGGAUUGUUUCUUCAGCCAAUAGAGUUAAAUUAUAUUUUAGGUAGUCGGUGUAGGUUAUAUAGUGCAGAGGAGAUGGAGUUGCAUAAUAAGAAAUUAGCUUCUGUAUUAUAUUGAUUAGAAGUAAGAGAGGAGUUUGUGUAUGUAUUUAUUUGGCUUCAGGAUUUAUGAGGAAGUGGAAUAACAUAUUAAGCAGGUCUGUGCGUGUCUGUAGGUCAUUAUUGUUUUGCAUACAGAGCAGGCAAGUUGAAGAAUUUACAGUAUUGUGUAUUGAUGGUUUGUGAAAUAUAUUUAGUUAAACUCAUCCCAUAUUUCUAUUUAUAAGAGAAUUAAACCAAACUGAGCUGUGAUAUUACACCAUACAACACAGAGGUAUCAUUGCAGGGUAUGAUGGGGAUCAAAGAAACACCAAUGUGGGUGAUUUAUUUCAAAAGUCAGAAAAUAUGGUUUUAUGAUCUGUGCUUUUUAUAUUCUUCAUAGACCACCUUGUUUGGAUUACUGCUGUGGACGCAAACACAAGCAAAAUCCCCAUUAAUACCCCGGGUUAAAAUUAUGAUGAGAUUCUAUUUUCAGUGUUUCAGUGUUUGACAGUAGAGUGUUAGAGGUAUCAAUAAGGAGAUGAAUGUUGCCUAGAAGUGAUGUUUACAUUCUGACUGAUCACUCGAGAUAAUCAAGAUUAUCAUGUUUAAUUACUGACUUUGGUUGUUUUGACAUUUUACAAGCUUGUAAGCAAACGUACAUGUUUUUGCGUUUUUUUCAGGAACAAUGAGGUGGAUGAUCUGAGCGGAGAACAAAUUUCACUUAUUCUCGACAAAGGCAGCUCAUCUGCAUAUAAAUGAAGUGUUGUGUUGUGUUCCAAUUCGUUUACAACCCAGAUUUAUCAAAACCUUAAUUCAACCGAGCUCAUUGGAGCGGCUAGUUUGGGCUUCAUUUUGAUAAAAUGAAAAUGAUGAUGGGUUACCAUAAACAGAAUUAAAGGGAAUGAGCUGAAUUCCCUAUACUGUGUGUGUGUGUAGAAUGUAAUUUUUUUUCUAUAUUCAUUUAUAUGUAUUUAUUUGCUCCAGACAUAAAAUUACUAUUACGGAAAUUAAAAUUUAUGAUAAAUGUAUUCUAGUUAUAUAUUUAAAAAAUAACAGCAAAAUUGGGCUUAUAUUGCAACGUAUACCCAGACUCCAGUGGUGUUUUAUCAGGGCGUAGUUAACAUAAGCUCCUCCACUCAGUGCCAACUUCCUCUCAUCUUUUGUAUUUCAAGUGCUACUGCAUUUUUUUUAGCGCGGGUGGAUUAACACUACAGAAAUAUAAAUAAACUGGAAUUAUUAUCUACAUGAGCAUCUGUGGUGGAUUAUUAUAUAUAUAUAUAUUAUAUUAUUAUUAUUAUUCAUAAACUGUUUUAACAAUGUUGGCUUAAAUUAAUCAUUUUCUAAAGGAAGCCUUGUAGUGUUUAUCCACCCUCAGGGAAAUUUGAUAGUGAAUUACUUUUAAUGAACAUGACUUUUAAAGCUUUGUUGUUUUGUUUUUGCUGAUUUUUAUGUUCAAUUAUACUGUUUUUGCCCACAAAUUAGCUUUGGACUUGCCUCAGACAUUACACAAUGAAAGAAUAUGGUUUACUCCCUGAAAGGGUUGAUAUCUAAAUAAAUAGCUUUCAGAUUGUGCUGGGUCACAUUGUCACUGACACUGGGGCCUCGUUCACAGGCUUUUUGGAGGCUCCCAAUAGACCUGGCAGUAAGAACAAGAACAGUUUUGGCCGAACAGAGUUCUUCUCAUCUCCCAAUUAAUGAAUCUUUAUCUCCUCACUCCAAAUUGGCCCACAGUGAUGCCUGCCAAUCUGUGGCCAUUGGGAACAGUAAAGAGAAAGGAGAGUGAGCAGUGCUAACAGGAUGCUCCCUGUACCAUUUUAAUAUAACUGCAGUGUUUUUGUUUAUCAGACGACACAAGGAAUGAGGAGUAUGGAGCUUUUUAGAGCAAAGGUUCACAUAUACAUCCUACGUAGAUGUGUUUUAUCUAACAUUGUAUGAUUAAAGUACUAGCCAAUAAAUCCACUUUUAUGAAAUUCCCAAAAAACAGAAAAAUGUGGCACAAUUGUGGGUACACCUAUCCAUAAAUAUGUUCAUAUUGUAGGUGAUCAAUGUUUUCAGAAGGGAUGAUAAAGGUUAGGAAAUUGGACCGUGCAUGCUUUUCAACCUGGACCCUAUUUUCCCAUGUUAGUGACUUAUGGGUCCAGGUUGAAAGAUACCGAAGUUUCCCUUUUCUUGAUAUUUCAUAUCAUUGCUGUCCUGUGCAUCCCAUUUGACAAUAAUAUGAUUCCUCUGUCCUUGCAGAGGAGCUGUUGAACAAAGAAGAGAUGCAAGGCAGGAAGUGCAGAUGCAUUAAUGGGAUCUGAGGAGAACCACAAGCCUCCAGAAGCCUGUGCAAAAGGAAACACAGGGAUCACUAGAAGUUAGACGAGCAUAAGGCAGCUCUAGUUCGCUGCACAUCCACAUACCAGGAAUUAACUGUGAUUUUGUAAAAGUUGGGUAAGGGGACAAAUUAAUUCAGUCUUUUGUUGAGUACUUUUCCUCUCUGCAGAAACACUGUGCUACUGCAGCACUUUGGCAUUAACAGGUGGAUUUUGAAAAGUCACCCUAGUUAGACUCGCUGCAGUCAAGCGCCCACCCACUGAGCACCAAGAGAGAGCUACAGUAGCCUUCUUAAAAUGGACACAAAAAAAGUCAUUCAUUAACUCUAAGUUGAUGACAUGGUUCUCUUCGUGUUUUUUCUCACUGGGAUGUAACGCAAACAAAGAAAGAGUUUUGCUUUUUGAUUUUCUUUUUUGCCAUUGAUACAUCAUUGUGUCAGUGUACUACAAAGUACCUUUGAAUCAUUAUUGAAAUCAUUAUUAAAAAAACUACGAUUGA